AUGCUGGCCUGGAUAGAUGAAAAGGCCAUCCAUGCAGCGGUGCAGCAUCCGCCUGGAAAGCCCUCUUUCGUCAAUGGAGGCCUUGCAAAGGCAGACAUGCAGGUCGCCCUCAUCGACAUCGACCAGGCGUCAUCCAAGCCGCUCGACUCCUCCGACAUCGUCCAGCUCCUGUCACAAUCGACAUUUGCCAGCUGGCUGCAGGGCCCCGAGCCCCAGAUCCUCUACAUCAACGGCCACUUACAGCUGGAGCAAGAGCAGGAGAUGGCGUCGCCGCUGACGCUCCUGACGUGUGCCCUCUAUGUGUCCCUGCAGCGGCACAGAAGCGGCUACGACAUCGCGGCGAUGCACCUCUGUGGCCAGCACGCUGUGCCCAGCGACCUGUUCGCCAGCAUCGUCGGCAUAAUGCGGUCGUUCGCCGCGCAGAUCCUGUACCAGCUGCCGGCCGAUGCGCUCGACCUCUCGUUCAUUGACCUCUCGUUCAUCGAAGAGCUGAGCCGCGGUGACCCCAGCGCUCUCAGCAGGCUUCUCGCCCGUCUCGUCUCCGACGCCGCCUCGGUCGGCCACAGGGUUGUGAUCCUCAUCGACGGCGUCUGGCGGCUGGAAGAAGGACCCGCGGCACCCGAGUUCAAUACGCUCGUGGACUUUUUCAAGGACCUGGUCCAAUCAUUCCAUGCGCGAAGAUGUCCUUAUCUAAAGGUCUUGUUCACGAACCCCGGUAGUAGCAUCCACGCCCGACAGUGGCUUGCCGACUGCCCGUCGUCCAUUCUCGACCUGGAUGGUGCCGGCUUUGCUGGACAGGGAGAUGAGUUUGGCUGUGGAGACGAUUACUAUGAUGACCAGCAGAUCUAG